AUGGCCAAAAGCCAGGACAAUUCAGCGGCGACACCCGCUCGACCUCCAUCCACGCUGAAGAAGCAGAGUUCCAGCUCAGGACCGGCAUCUGGGCAACGCUCCAUACAUAGCUUCUUCACAAAAGCGCCAGCGGCUUCAACUCCAACGCCGAACUCUACUGCUGGUGGGUUACGACCCAAUGGCACCGGAAACACCGCCAAUGCCAUGGCCAAACACAAGUCAUCUGCUUCGGUCAAGAAGCCGACCUUUAAUAAACUCUCAGUCAAGAACGCGACGCCUGUUCCCAGCAGUGAUGCAAUGGGCCCACCAAGCUCGCAGGAGAACGAGAAUGGUGGGAUCCCAGACGAGGUAGUUGGCAGGAACGUUAUGGUUAUGGGAAGCAGCCCCUCAAGAAAGGCAAAGAAGGUUGUUAGCUACAACGAGGAGGAUGAUGACGAGGACGACGACGUAUUCGAUCCCGCCAGUAUAUCCACCCAACGGCGAAGGGCACGGAUACCCAAAGCCCUAGAUGACGACGACGAAGAGGAUGUUUUUAGUGGUGGCCAAGAUGAGGCCGAGGAUGAUGAUGACGAUAUGGACGAUUUUGUCGUCGACGACGACUCGGAUGCUCCGGCGAAGCCAUCAAAGAAACGAAAACGUCCUACAUCCACAGCGCCGCCACGAAAACGCUCUAAUAUCUCACCACCGCCACGCUACGUAGAUGAAAAUGAGGAUGAUUUGGAGGCUCGGCCGUCCUCGACAGCGCAACAAUGGAAGUAUGAUCCAGAUAACACAGAGCCGCUUCAGCCUCGAUCUACCAAUAUCCCCAAGAAGCCGUCUCCAAAGCUGGGCAAGGAAAAAGCCUGCAAGAGCGAACCAGAAAAACGGUAUCCUUGGCUAGCAGAUCUUGCAGAUAUUGACCGUCAUCCAGUUGGGCACCACGACUAUGACCCGCGGACUGUUUACAUCCCUCCUAAUGCGUGGAGGAACUUCUCGCCGUUUGAGAAGCAGUAUUGGGAGAUCAAGCAAAAAUUCUGGGAUACCAUCGUCUUCUUCAAAAAGGGCAAGUUCUAUGAGCUUUAUGAACGCGACGCUACAAUAGGUCAUCAGCUUUUUGAUCUUAAGCUCACCGAUCGUGUAAAUAUGCGGAUGGUUGGGGUACCUGAAAUGUCUCUUGAUCAUUGGGCAAAUCAAUUCGUUGCCAAAGGCUUUAAGAUUGCUCGUGUUGAUCAAGUCGAAUCCGCUCUUGGGAAGGAGAUGCGUGAAGCUGACGGGAAGAAUAAGAAUGUAGGCAAGCCAUCGAAGGUGGAUAAAAUUAUUCGCCGAGAGCUUGCAUGCGUCCUGACAGGCGGAACUUUGGUUGAGGGAAGCAUGUUGCAGGAUGAUAUGGCAACAUUUUGCGUUGCCAUUAAGGAGGCCAUCGUUGACGACCUACCAGCAUUCGGGGUCGCUUUUGUGGACACUGCAACGGGACAGUUUUUCCUGUCUGAGUUUGUGGAUGAUGUGGACUUGACAAAAUUUGAGACCUUUGUCGCUCAAACGCGACCCCAGGAACUUCUCCUUGAGAAAUCUUGCAUCUCCACCAAGGUACUGCGGAUCUUGAAGAACAGUACCAGCCCUACCACCAUUUGGAAUUACUUCAAGCCUGCGAAAGAGUUCUGGACAGCGGAUAUUACCCGGCGCGAGCUUGAUUGCAGCGAAUAUUUUACCUCCGGUGAAUCUGGAGGCGCAGAAGUCUGGCCGCCAACGCUUGAAGACGCCAGGCAUAAAGAUCUUGUCAUGUCUGCUUUUGGUGCCUUAACGCAAUAUCUAAGGACCCUGAAACUUGAACGGGACCUUCUGACCCAAGGCAAUUUCACCUGGUACAAUCCGAUUCAGAAAGGGACUACAUUGGUUCUGGAUGGCCAAACACUUACUAACCUCGAAGUCUUCGCGAACAGCUUUGAUGGCGGCCAAGAAGGCACACUAUUUACAUUACUGAACCGCUGUGUAACACCUUUCGGCAAGCGGAUGUUCCGGCAGUGGGUGUGCCACCCUUUGGCAGAUGCUUCAAGAAUUAACGAACGGCUGGAUGCCGUGGACAUGAUCAAUGCUGAUCGCAGCUUGAGCGAUCAAUUUGUGGCCUCUAUGACGCGGAUGCCGGAUCUCGAAAGGUUGAUAUCUCGCAUACAUGCUGGGGUGUGCAAGGCAGAAGACUUUGUCAGGGUUCUUGAUGGUUUUGAGCAGAUUGAGUAUACCAUGGGUCUCCUAAGAGCUUUCGGUAGUGGAGAUGGAAUUGUCGACCGCCUAAUAAAUACUAUGCCAGACCUUGCAGAGCCGCUGGAGUGGUGGAAAACGGCCUUUGAUCGAUCGAAGGCCAGGGACCACAAAGUCCUCGUACCAGAACGCGGUGUUGAGGAAGACUUCGAUAACAGUCAGGACCAUGUGGAAGAGCUUGAGGCGGCUCUUGAAUCAUAUUUGCAAAAGACACGAAAGCUUCUCGGAGGCGCCCCUUCCAAAAUUGCGUACAAGCACCUUGGCAAAGAAGUUUACCAGCUUGAAGUCCCUGCCUCUAUCAAGGUUCCCAAGGACUGGCAGAUGAUGUCAUCUGCUUCUGGUUACAAGCGAUACUACAACGCCGACCUGAAAAAGAUUAUACGACAGCUGCAGGAAACCCAAGAAACCCAUGCCCAGAUAGUGAAGCUAGUGGCUGGUAGAUUAUAUGCCAAGUUUGAUAAGCACUACGAUAUAUGGCUACAGUCUAUAAAGAUCAUCGCUCAGCUUGACUGUUUGGUCAGUCUUGCCGCGGCCUCGGCAGCUCUGGGAGAGCCAAGCUGCAGACCGCAGUUCGUGGAGGCAGAACGAAGUGUAGUUGAGUUUGAGGAGCUUCGGCAUCCUUGUAUGCUCCCGAACGUGACUGACUUUAUUCCGAAUGAUGUGAAGCUUGGCGGAGGUGCCGCAAACAUUAACUUGUUAACUGGUGCCAAUGCUGCCGGUAAAUCAACGAUAUUGAGAAUGACUUGCGUUGCCGUCAUAAUGGCCCAGAUUGGUUGUUAUGUACCUUGUGUUUCUGCGACACUCACACCAGUGGAUCGCAUUAUGUCGCGCCUUGGAGCAAACGACAAUAUAUUUGCAGCGCAGAGUACUUUCUUCGUUGAACUUUCCGAAACCAAGAAGAUACUCUCUGAGGCCACACCCCGGUCUCUUGUAAUCCUUGAUGAGUUGGGCCGUGGGACGAGCUCCUAUGAUGGUGUAGCCGUUGCUCAAGCUGUACUCCAUCAUGUCGCAUCCCAUAUUGGAUGCACCGGGUUCUUCGCCACGCAUUAUCACUCUCUCGCCACCGAAUUUUCAGGCCACCCUGAAAUAGCUCCCAAGAGAAUGCAGAUUCACGUUGAUGAAGACAAUCGUUGCGUAACUUUCCUUUACAAGCUUGAAAAUGGUGUAGCAGAGGGAAGCUUUGGUAUGCACUGUGCAGCCAUGUGUGGCAUCCCCUCAAAAGUCAUUGAUAGGGCAGAAGUGGCAGCAAAAGAGUGGGAGCAUACAAGUCGAUUGAAGGAGAGCUUGGAAAAGGCCCGAAGUGGAUGUUAUAUUCCUUUGGGUAUCCAGAGCGAUGUGUCCUGGAUGCUCAAAGGGGCGAUCGGUGAUGAGGCUGAGGAGAGAGGAUUGGAUGUGCUAAUGAAAGCUAUCGAGAGCUUGUGA